CAGCAAUGCGGAGGAGACUGACUUGUAAAGCAGACAGUGGGAGGCUGACUCUAGCAGCUGUAGCACUACAGGAUCAUAUCACACGCACCGUUCCUGUAUGCUUUUCAAAAGCUUCACAUCAGGCUGCCUGUGGGGCUGCACAUGGUUUUAGGAGUCCCAAAAACCAAAGCACAAGACAGAGAGCCAGAGAUGCUGAGCGGACACGGGGACAAGAAGAGAAAGAGUAUGUGCUGGAUCGUGCCCCCGCACCCCUGACUCUUGCUCAGAGGAUGGGUCUGGUGGCCGCACCCUCGAGAAGACUCACAGCAGAUGAGUGGGCAGAGGUUAAAGCAAGAUCUAUCCAGGAGGCAGACUCAAGCCAGCCUUGUGCCAUAUAGGAGGAGUUUCAUCUGCAACUACAGGUUCUACUGUCCUGCUCCCAUGUAUUUCACCAUGUUUGUCUGAAGUCUUUUGAAAACUUCGCAGGCAGGAAGAGCUGCCCCAUGUGCAGGAAGGAGCAGUAUGAGACACGAGUGAUAUACGAUGGUGCUCAGCUUUAUAGGGAGAAGUGUGCUCUCAGAAUACAAGCUUUUUGGCGAGGCUACCUCGUUCGCAAAAGGUACCAAAACCUGAGGAAACACCUGCCCCCGAAAGACCAUCGUUUAAGAAGACAAUUCUUUGAAAAAAAGUUUCAGGAGAUGAACGACAGCUUGGUGCGGUCAUGCACCACAGACGUGGAAGCCUUUCUGAAAGAUAUCGAUCGCUCUGUGGCCAUGAGUCAUGAUCUCCUGGGCCGCUUCGACAAGUCUGUGUGUGUUUCUGAAAUGGAGGACAAGGACUGGCUGGAAGCUCAAGAGAAGGCUGUCCAGCGAGGUGUUCAGGACUGCCCCAUUUGCCUCAGCCAUCUGAAUUCACAGUAUGGGAUGUCUAAAGGCGGCAGAAAUGUUUUAUUAUUGUCUUGCUCUCAUCUCUUUCAUGAACCCUGUCUGGAGGCGUUCGAGAUUUUCUCCCAGGAGGUGAAACCCACAUGCCCACUCUGCCGGUCACACUAUGCCAAAAUGCUUGUUUAGAAUUAAAGCUUGGUUUAUUUUUGAGAUGGACCUGAUGUGUAGUGGGAUAU